UACGGAUUGCAACCGACAGGCGCGCAUGCGACUCGAGGAGAUCGGCUCCGGACGCCUUUCAACAAGGCCGGUCGGCGGCGCCACCUCCUGCCCCCGCAUGGCCCCCGCGCCGCCCCCGACUUCCAUCGUUGCCAGUCAUCGGACGUCAGUGUCAUUCGACCGAUUUCGGGACUCGUACUUGAAUUUGCAACAGUCCAGCGUCCCGAAUUUCCGGUGGAAUGCGAAAAAUGCUGGAAAUGCAUGGCGGAAUUUGGAUUCGAAAGUACUGAGGCCGCGGCAAACAUGAACAGCAAGAGGUUGCUGUUGUGAGCGGAGCGGCGAAAGAGGGCGUGGGCGCACGCGCCAGCUGCCAGCUGGCCGGCCGCUUCGAAAACAUCAACAAAGCAGCGGCGAGAAGCGAGAAUGGCUGCAGACGUGGCCGGCGACGAGGCCAAAAUCGUGCGUGGCCGCCUUCUGCAAUGGGAGGCCGGCGAGCGGCCGCUGGCCCCGCUUUCGGCCGCCCAGCAGGACACGCUCUUCGUGCUGAUGGAGGCCGCCGCGCAGCAACCCCUGCCCCCAGAGUUGGUCGAAGCCGAGGUUAAGGUCGAGGAAAAUACCCCUGAGGAUGAGGACAGUGACGACGGCGGCUUGGUGCUCAACUUCCGGCGCGUGGCACGCGGCACCGAGCGUCUGGAGACCGGCCUGGAGGCCCUGGCGUGGAUCGGCGCGGCCGAAGGGCAGCUUGGAAGCCUGCGAGCCGCCCCUUUCCGCAACUACAGAAGCCAGCUGGAGGAACGGCGGCGCGAGUGCGGCCUCCUGCUCGACCGUCUGGCCACCGCCCUGGCCCAGUUGGACCUCCUCCAAGGCCAAUUUGCGUCAGUUUCGGGGAAAACGUCGGCCCUGCACGAGCUGAGUGAGCAGCUGAUGGCCGAUCAGGGCCGUUUGGGCGCCUUGGAAGCCGCCCUGGAGCACAGGCUGCGACCCUUCCUGGAGGUGGACGCGCUCACCUUCCAGCUCAACUCGCCCACUUUGACUGUGAACUCGGAGAAUUUCGCUCAGCUGCUCGACCGACUCGACGAGGCCACUGAUUAUCUUGAACAACACGAGAAUUUCAAGGAGAGCCGAGCUUAUUUGAGUCGUUGCGCGGCGUUGAGGGCGAGAGCAAUCGCCCUGGCUCGCGCCUUCCUGCUGCAAGCGCUGGCGGGGGCAGCGUCGGGGGCUGCGGAGGCGGCACAGAGCAGUCAGAGUGCCACGCCUGAAGGCAACUCGUUUGCCCUCUUUUAUGGUCGCUUCCAGGCUGUGAUUCCUCGUGUGCGCAGCGUGAUUUCGCUGCUGGAAACGCGGCGUCGUCGCGGCGGCGCCGGCAGCUCCGAGUACGCGGCCCUGCUGGCGCAGGCGCAGCAACACCUGGUGGGCCUUCGCGAGUCGCUGCUGGGGCCGAGCGUUCGUUCCUCCGUGGUGGAGCUGCUGAGGGCGCACAAGAGCGACCACUGCGGCCUGGUGCGCUCCGCCUGCGCCUUCCUCGUCCACCUCAGUCGCGACGAACACCAACUCUUCUCCCAGUUCUUUGACGAGCCCAAUGCCCCGGCUCUGACGUCGUACUUGGAGGUGCUGUGCAACAGUCUGUACGACGAGCUGCGCCCUUUGAUCAUCCACAUCAACCACUUGGAAACCCUGGCCGAGCUGUGCAGCAUUCUCCGACUCGAGAUGCUUGAGGAACAUGUCCAAGCUAAUCCUGAACCACUGGCUGCAUUCGGAAAGCUGGCCUGGCAGUUGCUGCAGGACGUGCAGGAGCGGCUCGUGUUCAGGGCGCACCUCUACCUCAAAUCAGACAUAGAGCAGUACAAGGCCGCGCCAGGAGACCUCUCCUACCCUGAGAAACUCGAAAUGAUGGAGAGCAUCGCGCUGAGCUUGCAGCAAAAAGGAGCAGGCGCUGCAGAUACGAUGACGCCGUGCUCCAGAACAGGCAGUUCGCCCGCCGACCUGCACGGAAUGUGGUACCCCACAGUUCGCCGGACGAUCGCCUGCCUGUCCCGCCUGUACCGCUGCGUGGACAGGGCCAUCUUCCAGGGUCUCUCGCAGGAGGCCCUGAGCGCGUGCGUUCUCAGCGUGCAAGUCGCCUCGACUGCCAUCGCCGCCAAUAAGACUCCUAUCGACGCUGAGCUCUUCCAGGUGAAGCACCUUUUGAUUCUCAGGGAACAAAUUGCGCCUUUCCAGGUCGACUUCACGGUCAGGGAGACCAGCUUUGACUUCAGCCAAGUGAAGACAGCUGCUGCUGGGCUGUGGUCUUCGUCAGGCCGGAUGUUCUCUCUGGGCACAAGUAAUGGGCUGCUGGAGCUGAUUGUGGCAGGUGUGACGCCGCAUGUGAAGGAAAAUGUGCGAGAUUCGCGCAAAGAGGUCGACCGGCAGCUGAAAACGGCGUGCGAGGCUCUCAUCUUGAAUGCCACGCAACACCUGGCCCAGCCAAUCAUGAACUUGCUCACAGAGAUUCGAGUGUGGCAGGAAGGGGGCGGCCAGCCAUCCGAGUUGAGCAAGCAGGAGUGGGCACGUCCGGCCCGGCUUGCGGACAUUGUUUCCAGCACCCUGCGCCAGGUGAAAAGCAACCUUCCAGGCCUGCAACGCUCGCUCCAGCUCUACCUCGCCAACAGGGAAACUGAGUUUAUCCUCUUUCGACCCAUCAAGAACAACGUGGUGGGCGCGUUCGUGGCGCUGCAGCAGUCGCUGGCGGCCGGCGGCUUCUCGUCGGACCAGCUGCUGGAAAUCGGCAGCCCUAGUCCGGAACAGGUGUCCGUGCUGCUCUCGCUGGCCACCCUCGCGUCGCCACAAACCCCUAACACGCCUUCAACAAGCGCCCCGCUGGAGGCACAGUGAUCAUUUUUCUUUUGUUUGCAAAGUUUACGCCGGUUUAUUUUAUUUUAUAGAUUAAUUAUCGCAUGAGCAAUAAAAACGCCGUGAAGUUUAAAUGUUA